GCGUUAUGUUAUGUUAGAUGAAAAGUUCCAAAGUCCAGUGGCUUGCAGAGGACUCUUUCUGAAGAUAUUCUCAUUCAUCUACACUCAUGUAAAAGUAUAGUCUAUGGUGGUCUAUGGUUACAGAGGGAAUACGACGCUGGCAACCGUAGACGCUUUCGAUGCAUAUUUCCGGCGCUUUGUCGCCUGAAAAACGUGUCAUAUGUGUAAAGUUUUGUUCAAUCAAUUAUUUUGAUUAAAUUGCGUUCGAACACCAUAUACCUAGUCUGUGCGGGAGUUAAAGUAUUUCAUAGCUGGUAUUAAUUUCAUCCUUGCGACGCGGAAAGUAUCCUCCAUAAAAGACCACCUCAGCACUGCCGGUUCGUCACUACAUAUCUGUAGAAGCCAAAUCUAAUAUGGCCUUACCACAAAACUACAAGCAAGUGGCCAUAGCCUCGGCUAGCAUCGUUUCCACAAAUCAACGUUUGAGAGCUUCUGGAGGCAGUAGUGGCAGUUCCAGUUCAAACAAAGAUGCUCAGAGUCCAUUUGUACAAACACCCCAUGGACAUCCUGGCUUUACACCACAGAAAGUUGGAAAGAACACUGCUGCUGAUUCGCGAUUGCCUAAGCCACCUAAACCACCAGAAAAACCAUUGAUGCCAUACAUGAGAUAUAGUAGAAAAGUAUGGGACCAAGUAAAAGCCCAGAAUCCAGAAUUAAAAUUAUGGGAAAUUGGAAAAAUUAUUGGUCAAAUGUGGAGAGAUUUACCUGAAGAUGAAAAGACAGAAUUUGUUGAAGAAUAUGAAGCAGAAAAGGUCGAGUAUGAGAAGAGUCUCAAAACUUAUCAUAACUCUCCAGCUUAUCUAGCAUACAUUGCAGCAAAAAACCGUGGUAAAUCUGCAUUAUGUGCAGCACAGCAAAGUAAUGAUGACCGAGAAAGUCACGAACGUUCUUCUGGUAGUAGUAAAGGUCAAGCGGCUCAAGAUAGACGAAUUGAUAUUCUACCUGCCGAAGAUGAUGAUGAUCAAGAUGAUGGUUACUCCGUGAAGCACGUCGCUUUUUCUCGUUACACUCGCAACCAUCGCCUCAUUAAUGAAAUAUUUAGUGAUACAGUCGUUCCUGAUGUGCGAUCCGUUGUGACUACACAGAGAAUGCAGGUCUUGCGUCGCCAAGUGCAAUCGUUGACGAUGCACCAAAAAAAACUGGAGGCUGAACUUCAGCAGAUUGAGGAGAAAUUCGAGACGAAGAAACGCAAGUUCAUUGAAACGAGCGAAAUAUUUCAGGAGGAACUGAAAAAGCAUUGUAAGCCUGCAGUAGACGAAGAAACGUUCAACAGAAUGGUUGAACGUCAAUACGAAAUGCUUCGUCGUGACAGAAUAAAAGGUUCCGAGGAAAGUCGUUCGGAUGGACCAGCAUCUACUGAGUCUACGCCAAAUUCAACUCCUACGCCUACUCCAGCUCCUAUGAAUGAAGACACUGCUGCCGAAAUAUCUGAAAAUGAUUCUCUGGAUAAGAAAGCUGGAGAUGUUGAAAAAGUAGAGCCAAAGAAAGAAGCUUUAUCACCAUCAUAUAAUGAAGGGAAGACGGAACCUGCAUCGCAAGGAAAUCCGCCUCAGCAUACAAACAAUGCUGGACCGUAUCCGGGAAAUGUUAGCCCAAUUCAGCAGCAGCAACCGCAACAGCAAUCGCAACCUCCGCAGCAGCAACAACAACAACAACAACCACAACAACCAUCACCACAACAGUCACCCCAGCAACCGCACACAUCUCCUCAACAACAACAGCUGUCUCAACAGCAAACGGUUCCGCACCAAGCUCCUCAACAACAGCAGUCAGCACAUCAACCUAUGCAGCAGCAACCAUCGCCACAGCAAUCACAACAGUCAAUGCCAUCACAGCAGCAACAACAAACUCAUCCACCGCCACAACAAUCUCCACAACCACCUCAACUGCAGCAUCAACAUCCACAACCACAGCAUCAGCCACAACAUUCUUCACAACAUCCGCCACAACAACAGCAACAGCAUCCGCACCCACAACAUGCACACCAUCCGCAACAUCAGGCGCAGCAACAACAUCAACAAUCACAUCCACCACAACAGCCCCAUCAUCAUCCAACGCCCCAACAACAAUCUCAACCACCGCCAUCAGCACAACAGCAGGUACAGCAACAACCUCAACAAACACCACCACCACCACCACCAAUUCAGCAGCAACAACAACCACAACCUACAACUAUAGCAGCUGCCGCUGCUGCUGCUGCUGCCGCCGCCGCCGCAGCGGCAAGUGCGAAUGCUCCGCCAACUCAAACUGUAACAUCAGUAGCCGCUCCAAUGUCGCAUAAUCCCCCACAUUCACAACAAGCUAUGAUGCCCAAUCAUUCGAUGCCGUCUCACCAAGGUAGUCAAGGUCAGGUUAUUCCUCCUCAGGCACCUGCAGGUAAUCCUCAUGGUCCUAUGAUUCCACCUGGACAAGGAUAUCCACAGCAAUAUCAACCUCCUGGUAGUCAACAGGCACAGAAUGUUCCCCUUGCUCCACGACCUCCUCACCCUUCAUAUGGUUACUCUCAACAGCAACCGUACCACCAACCAUAUCCACAAUACCCACAUUCAUAUUAUCAUCAACCCUAUGCACAGUAUCCUCCUCACUCGAUGGCUCGUCCUCAUACCCAUGGUCCCCAUAGCCCCCAUAGCCCUCAUUACCAUCCUCAAUCUCCUCAUGGUGUCAGUGAAAGCAAUCCUGGUGCAAACGUAGUACCAGGAUCAGGCUCUGCUUCUGCAUCUGGUAAUGAACCAGGGAAUCCAUCAUACUCGCCAGCACCAGUGCACGUUGAUAAUGAACGUCCCUCUGAAAAUCAGAAUGAUGGACAGAACGAAGCUAAGUCUGGGUCUGGAUAACUCAUUAUUCGUCAAAUAUUGUAUUAAAUAAUUAAUCACGGUCUUCACUCCAAUUUGACCUAAAAAAAAUUUUUUCUUGUAAUACAAGUUUAUGCUUCUACUUGUAUCAAAAUACUACUUUAUAAGUAUGGCUGUAGAGUCUGUAAUGGAAUCAGCAUUGACAGGCAGACAAAAGAAAUAAAAUAAAGUGAUGAGACAUUA